AGUGGGCUCUCUUAAAAGCGCAAGUGCUGGAAAGAUCCUGUAAUCACUUACCAACCGACCGAAGCAUCCUGCUGAUUAGGAUGGAGGUGACAUUGCGCAUACUGUAUUUCUCAUGCCGCACAGGCACUUUCGCAGCCAGACUUGGACCUGCCCGUCCCUUCAGCCGUACCAUCCACAGGGGAGGCUACAAAAAUGUGAAUGCUGAGGAGUUGCCUAUGGACAUGAAGUCCAUCACAGACCGCGCAGCACAAACACUGCUGUGGACCGAACUGUUCAGAGGUUUGGGCAUGACCAUGAGUUAUUUGUUUAGAGAACCAGCUACUAUUAAUUAUCCAUUUGAGAAAGGCCCUCUCUCUCCCCGUUUCCGUGGUGAACAUGCACUGCGCAGGUAUCCAAACGGAGAGGAGCGCUGUAUUGCAUGCAAACAGUGUGAGGCUGUGUGUCCUGCUCAGGCCAUCACUAUAGAAGCAGAGACCCGUGCAGAUGGCAGCAGAAGAACAACCCGUUGUGACAUUGACAUGACCAAAUGCAUCUACUGUGGAUUCUGCCAGGAGGCCUGUCCUGUGGAUGCAAUCGUAGAGGGCCCUAAUUUUGAAUAUGCCACUGAGACUCAUGAAGAGCUGCUGUAUAAUAAGGAGAAACUGUUGAAUAAUGGAGAUCGAUGGGAGGCUGAGAUUGCUGCUAACAUUCAGGCAGAUUACCUGUACAGAUGAACCAUGAAAGCUCAGACAACAUCCUGAUAACAGCAAAAAA